AUGGCUUCACCCAGCAACUGCUCCACUGCUCCAGUCUCUGAAUUUCUCCUCAUCUGCUUCCCUAACUACCAGAGUUGGCAGCACUGGCUGUCCCUGCCCCUCAGCCUCCUCUUCCUUCUGGCCAUGGGGGCCAACGCCACCCUCCUGAUCACCAUCCGGCUGGAAGCGUCUCUGCACGAGCCCAUGUACUACCUGCUCAGCCUCCUCUCCCUGCUGGACAUCGUGCUCUGCCUCACCGUCAUCCCCAAGGUCCUGGCCAUCUUCUGGUUUGACCUCAGGUCCAUCAGCUUCUCUGCUUGCUUCCUCCAGAUGUUCAUCAUGAACAGUUUCCUCCCCAUGGAGUCAUGCACAUUCAUGGUCAUGGCCUAUGAUCGCUAUGUGGCCAUCUGCCACCCACUACGAUACUCAUCUAUCAUCACUAACCAAUUUGUGGCCAAGGCUAGUAUCUUCAUUGUCACAAGAAAUGCCCUUCUCACUGCACCCAUUCCUAUUCUCACCGCCCAGCUCCAUUAUCAUGGAAAAAAUGUCAUUGAGAACUGCAUCUGUGCCAACCUGUCUGUGUCUAUGCUCUCCUGUGACAAUUUCACCCUGAACAGAAUCUACCAGUUGGUGGCUGGUUGGACCUUACUGGGCUCAGAUUUCAUUCUCAUCUUCCUCUCCUACACCUUCAUCCUAAAAGCUGUGCUUAGAUUCAAGGCUGAGGGGGCUGCAGUCAAAGCCCUGAGCACAUGUGGCUCCCACUUCAUCCUCAUCCUGUUCUUCAGCACCAUCCUGCUGGUUGUGGUGUUGACUAAUGUGGCCAGGAAGAAGGUCCCCAUGGACAUCCUCAUCCUACUCAAUGUCCUUCAUCACCUCAUUCCCCCUGCCUUGAACCCUAUUGUAUAUGGGGUUCGGACCAAAGAGAUAAAACAAGGAAUUCAGAAAUUGCUGCAUAGAGGGACGUGA